CUGGCUGCCGCCACUGCUGCCAUCGCCUACAGAGCCUGCCUUGUGCCUGUCGCUGCUGGGACGAUGCGGCCGGGGUCUGAAGGCUGCUGCUGCCGUCGCCCGAUGCGGGCGAACGGCUGCGUUGCGAACGGGGAGGUGCUGAACGGAUAUGUGCGGAGCAGCGCAGCUGCCGCCGCCGCCGCUGGCCAGAUCCAUCACAUUACAGAAAAUGGAGGACUGUAUAAAAGACCAUUUAACGAAGCUUUUGAAGAAACACCAAUGCUGGUUGCCGUGCUUACUUAUGUGGGGUAUGGUGUACUUACCCUCUUUGGAUAUCUUCGAGAUUUCUUGAGGCAUUGGAGAAUUGAAAAGUGUCACCAUGCAACAGAAAGAGAAGAACAAAAGGACUUCGUGUCGUUGUAUCAGGACUUUGAAAACUUUUAUACAAGGAACCUCUACAUGCGGAUCAGAGACAACUGGAAUCGACCCAUCUGUAGUGUGCCUGGCGCCAAAGUGGACAUCAUGGAGAGACAGUCCCAUGACUACAACUGGUCAUUCAAGUACACAGGGAAUAUAAUUAAAGGUGUUAUAAACAUGGGUUCCUACAACUAUCUUGGGUUUGCGCAGAAUACUGGGUCAUGCCAAGAGGCAGCCGCCAAAGUCCUCAAGGAGUAUGGAGCUGGAGUGUGCAGCACUCGGCAGGAAAUUGGAAACCUGGACAAGCAUGAAGAGCUAGAGAAGCUCUUGGCAACUUUCUUGGGAGUAGAAGCUUCUAUGGCAUAUGGCAUGGGGUUUGCAACCAAUUCAAUGAACAUUCCUGCUCUUGUUGGCAAAGGUUGCCUGAUUCUGAGUGAUGAACUGAACCAUGCGUCGCUCGUUCUAGGAGCAAGACUGUCAGGGGCAACCAUUCGAAUCUUCAAACAUAACAAUAUGCAGAGCCUGGAGAAGCUGUUGAAAGAUGCCAUUGUUUAUGGUCAGCCUCGGACGCGAAGGCCCUGGAAGAAAAUUCUGAUCCUUGUGGAAGGAAUAUAUAGCAUGGAGGGAUCCAUUGUUCGCCUUCCUGAAGUGAUUGCUCUUAAGACGAAAUACAAAGCAUACUUGUAUCUAGAUGAAGCUCACAGCAUUGGGGCCCUGGGCCCUACAGGUCGAGGUGUGGUGGACUACUUUGGCCUGAAUCCUGAAGAUGUGGACAUUAUGAUGGGAACCUUCACAAAGAGCUUUGGUGCCGCUGGAGGAUACAUUGGAGGCAAGAAGGAGCUGAUAGACUAUCUGCGGACACAUUCUCAUAGCGCAGUGUACGCCACGUCUCUGUCACCACCUGUCGUGGAGCAGAUCAUCACCUCUAUGAAGUGCAUUAUGGGGCUGGAUGGCACCAGCCUUGGCAAAGAGCGUAUACAGCAGUUAGCUGAAAACACCAGGUAUUUCAGGAGACGCCUGAAAGAGAUGGGCUUCAUCAUCUAUGGAAAUGAAGAUUCUCCAGUGGUGCCUUUGAUGCUCUACAUGCCGGCCAAAAUCGGUGCCUUUGGACGGGAGAUGUUGAAGCGGAACAUAGGUGUGGUUGUGGUGGGAUUUCCUGCUACCCCUAUUAUUGAGUCCAGAGCCAGAUUUUGCUUGUCAGCAGCUCAUACCAAAGAAAUACUUGAUACUACUUUGAAGGAGAUAGAUGAAGUUGGGGACCUACUGCAGCUGAAGUAUUCCCGUCAUCGGUUGGUUCCUCUACUGGACAGGCCCUUUGAUGAGACUACAUAUGAAGAAACAGAAGACUGAGCCUUUUUGGUGCUCCCUUAGAGGAACCCUCCCUCGUCCAGGACAGUGUGUGGCCUUUCUGAGUCAGUUCCAGGAACCGUACUUCUGUGGCCAUUUCACGUGAAAGAUGUUUCCUCAACUGCUAAAGGUGGCCACCUCCACUCUAAAUGGCGUUUUACAAAUAGUCAAAAACUGCUUCAUAUACUUCCUUUGCUACAUCUCACCUUUAAAAAGAAAGGUGGCUCACUUUUUUUUUUUUCCAUUAAAAGAAAUUUUGUAAUUAUUUUACUUGUGAAAUCACACUGACCCCAGCCUGUCUCUGGCUAACCAUGCAGGCCAUUCCUCUUUCCCAUCCACCAUGUAGACUGGGGGUUCUACUUCUGGGCCCAUCAAGAACUACUGUUGGCCCUGGCCCCAUAGCCUCGAGACUCACCUGGCCCUCUUCACUAGGGAGCAAGUGCCUUCCACUUACCUCCCACCAGGUCUCAGUUUGCCAACCUUUGAAUCCUUAUGUAACCCAUCAAGUGAUCAACCAAAGUAUUCUUUCUUUAGUCUGUGAAAAAACAGUAACCGGUAGCAUUGCUGAAAGGCUCAUUAUCUAACUCCCCCUGGCCAGAGACCUCCCCAGGCUUUGAUCUUACUCCAUUUUGUUCUGGCCACCAGAUGUUUUCUUCCUCCACCAUCAAAUAUUUCUUCAUGAGGGUCAGGGUCUGGGCUCUUCCCAAGCUCUAACCCUAACACACACACACCCUCUAUUUAGAACAUUUACUGCUUUAAAAGCACCCACUCUCAUCCUAGUCAGACUUCUGUGGUGAAGAUGAUUGUCACACCUCACUAUUUUGUGUACAAAGCUGGUCUGUAGAGUGACGGGCACACCAGGUGGCGUGAGGGCACAGGAGAAGUGUGGAAAGAAUUGAUUGCUACUUUGCAGAAUGCCUGCGGUUUGAGUUUCUUACUGCUUUCCACUAAUCAAAACCAUGACAGCCUCUGCUGUGUCUGGGUCCAGGUCAGGACUUUACCUGUGAAAGGAAGGUACUGGUAAAUUCUCUGCUCAGAAAUCAAUUGUCGUGUUCCUAUUGAAGGAUUAAAGUUAUUAACUUAUCCCUUUUAGAAGCUGACCCAUUUAAAUAUUACUCUUUGAUGGCUAGUUUUCUUUUAUUCUUGAUGUCCUAAAACAAUUUUAACCUAGCAUCUGGGGCUUAAAGUCUCCCUAUCCUUCCUUCUUUCAGUCUCCAUCCCAUCUUCCGUUUUUCUGAGAAAUUCUGGAGGCAUAUCCGUUUCCUAAAGUGGGGUCCCUUAGUUCAACUCAGUCUUCAUAGUGUAACAGUGUAAAUGGACUUUUUUCAGAGAGCUUUAUGCUGCAUGACCAAAGAACAAAGCUGAAAUUCACCAUUUUUUUACGUUCUUGUUUUUCUGUUGGCCAAAGCUUAAUUGAAGAGAACUUUUGGCUUUAUUAUACCCAAGAUCAGCCUGUCUUUUAGUCACCAUCAGGUAUUACAGGGGAAGGAUUGUGAACAGAGUGGGAGAGGAAUGUGUGGAAGUAGUUUUGCACAUCUCUAUUUUGAAAUUGCUCCUUUUGUUGGUAAAGUGUCAGUCUAAAUUAUUCUGGGUCUCUCGCAUAGCACUGCACGUGUGUAGUGGGGAAUAUUUGCAAUCUUAUUGUUUGUCAAGUUUUGUUUUCCUGUCUUGAGUAGAAGUUAUCUUUGGUUACUCUCAGCAUCUGAGAGUUUUAAGCCCUUGAGAUAUUCCAAAGUUUUAUUUUACCCUUUUAAAGAAUAGAAAGGGGUAAACAAUAGAGCCAAGUGGAGAUGCAGGGAAAAUAUUUAGCAUGUACAGGUGGAAGUAAAAAAGCGAUGGGUGCAAAACUGAGUUACUAGUCCUGUAAAAUCAAAGACAUUGCUAACCUUUCAUAUACAUCUAGAUGCUCCCAUAGAAUCAAUACUACAGUACUAACUAGCUCUCACACUCUAGUUUCAUAUUUAAUGGUGUAAGGUUUGCAAAAGUCACAAACUUUGUUAAGCAAUGAACUCACCUGCUAGUGCUUUUUAUGUUGGCAUGCAUGAAAUGACUGCAAAUUAACACGUCAAUUAGUAUGGGCAUUUAAACAACAUUAUCAUCACUGUGCCAGUGCGAAGCUUUUUCACAAUAAAUGUAGUUAAGCCACAAGUUUAUUUUGAAGGGACAAAAGUUCUCUGAUCUACCCAGGACCUCUGUACUUUGAGGAGACAAAAUAUUAUAUUUACUUAUACAUACUGGUUGUCUCGAAACUAUAAUAGAGAUCUAGGGUCAUCCAAGUCAUAUCACAGGUAUCAUUAUUUAUCCAAGCACUUGGGGAAGGUACAAGUAUUUAUAAAUACAGUCAGUGAGAAUGAGUAGAAAUUUGGGUCCAACAAGUAUAGUUUAGUACACAGGUUAGUACGUGGCCUGAUUCAAGAAUCUGAUGGAAUUCAAGUGGGCAUCAGUUAACUGUCACUACCGAAAGCCAGUAUAGGGUCACUCAGUGGAGACAUGACUAAUCCUCGUCAUUUUUUCUCAUCCCUCUUUUUAGGGUCAGAGAGUCAAAGCAAACAUCUUCCUCAUGCAGUCAUGUAAGGUGAACAGAAACAGCCCACGCAGCUACUAAAGGUUGUACUUGCUUAAUGCCCUUAUGUCAGCCAAAGAAUUUAACAUUCUUCCAGUGCUUCGUCCCUUUAGUUUCUCCUGCCUUUAUUUGGCCUUUGUGUGUUUUCCGGCUCUCAAUUUUUAGAUUGCAACCCCAGAGAAAACUGAUACGUGGUAGUGCUGGGCCUUGGGGGCUCAGAAAAUGAGAUCUCCUGAUUCUCUUUGUACAUUCAGCUUUACAUUCCAAGAGGAGGCAGAGAGCUUUUUAUUUCUUGCCAGCCUAAGGGAGCCUGUAUCCAAGUCUUUUGAUUUAGUGUGGUCUAGCUAAAUUUUCUAGUGUAUAGUAUACUUCUCUUCCUUCGUGUUAGUGAAAACCAGGAGGAAGAAUGGCUUACAUAGGGAGAUUUCUUGGCUUCUCGGGGAAGGAUAAAAAAGAAAUAGUAUCUACCACCACCUCCCUGUUUUUGCCCCCUUUUCCAAAUUAGUGAGCAACUCUGGCCCCCAGUGAUAAUGGAAUGGGCAGCAGUGCAGAACUGCUAGUCAUGCCGUAGGUUAGUGCAGAAAGAGAAUUUGGACAAUUCUCGCUUUGUAAGAAUUUGUAGGCAUGUGGCAAAAACACCUAGAGAAGUUUAGUACAAUUGACUGUUGGGGGUUCUGUUGCAUAAAGAACUGCUGUAAUCUCAUUCCCACUUAGGUAUCUUUCCUCUCCUCGAGUCCUAGGUAACCCAAAAUGGGUUUUGAUCUCUGCUUGUGUGGUUAGGAAAGGAGGGAGAAGAGUUUCCUUCUAACUGCCUACCUUCAUGAAGAUCAGGAAUUGUUGAGCAUUUCACAGAGGUAAAAUCAGCUUAGCUUAGGGGGGUUGUGAAGAGAAGUAUGAAAUUCAAAGGAUUAUUAUUGGCUGUUGAGCAGCUGUUUGCUUAAAUACAACCCCAAAACCAUAGAUGUGCUAGUUAAUCAGACACUUUCCACAGGGACAGAAGCAUGUCUGUUCUCUGCUCGGCUUUAUCCAUAUGAAAUGCAGUCCUCAGGCCCCCAGCCCUAUUCUUGCCAUACAGCAGAAUCGAAGGGUGGAUUCCUCCCUUAACCAUACAGAGGAAAAGCUAGCACUAGCCAGUAAGCCCUUUGUUUUUAGUUGUAUAGAGUACUGUCGUCCCUUUUUUUGUUUCCAGUGACUUCUUUUCUGGGCAUCUUUUGCUAUAGACUGAGUCUUUUCUAGGGGGGACACCAGGGGGGCUAGCUUGUGUCCUUAAUGAAAAUGUUUUCUAGUCUUCUCUGGUGACUCUGGAGGUUUCACAUUCCCGGUCUACCCUUGGGAGAGGCUCGGUCAGGGGGAGCUAUGGGCAGGUUUUGUUUAUAGUGCACAUGAUAAAUAGCCUUAAACUGUUGAUUCUUUUUGGAAUGAUGACUUAUAAUAAAGUGACCCUAAAGAAUGCAAUGGCUCUUAAACUGCAGUUACUAUGAAGCAAUACCCAAAGCUCUGUCCUUUCGGAGCAGUUGGGGACAGAUGGAAUCUAAGAUAAAAAUAAGAGGAGUAGCCUGAUGUCGUGCUUUCUACAUGUCCUGCCUUGUUGCCAUCUGCAUGGAUAACCCUUCCAGGCACGAGGAGCCCUGAGCCAACUCAGCGUCUGCUUUUUCCAGUAUAAUUUGCAGAUUCCUUGUGCAAAGCUUGGGUGUUUGGCCCAGGCCUUCAAGGGAGUGGAGGGCAUCACUGAUGAGGGCGGAGUGGUGAUUUGUCUUUAUCCCUUAGCAUUAGAUCUUGUUACCUUGGUGACGUUAAACUUCACAGUGGUUGGUGUGAUAAAAGCAUCCUUGCAGGUUCUUCCCAGGAUACUGGUGAAAUCACCCCGUCAGUUCAGGCAGCAUGCCCACAGAAUCUUGAUGAUCCCUCUCCGUGUAAAGGCAGCUAACACUGAGAGAAGGGGGAAAGAGAUAGAAUAAGAAUAGAGAAAUUGCUUAUGGGGGAGCUGAUAUCUUAUUUUCUUGGCCCAUAUUUUUCCAUUAUCAAGUUACCUGUAAACUGGAAUUUGCAAGGUGUUCUGUGACACCUCAUCUCUGUUGCUGUAAUCUGGGAAAAUGAAAGGAGAGGACAUGUAAAUAAAAAUUUUUAAAUUUUGAAAAUCCAGUAACAUUUUAAGUCUCUCUUCCUCUUACACCUUGCCCACUUUUUGGCAGAUGAUUUUUUUUUUUUUAAUUUUGUUGGAUGACUGUGAAGUUACAAAUGGUGGGUUGGGGUAGGUGUAUCAGUUUUGAGAGCGCAUGUUGAGAACCAAAGGGAGCUACUUGAGAUGACUUAAGAUUUUUCCCAUGCAAAUAUAUCCUGUUUUGCCCUAAUAAAAUAUUCAGA